AUGCUCAAGGCUGCCUCGCUUCUGUUCGUCGCUCUGUCGGCGUCUGCCCUGCCGGCCAACACCGUCAACGACAUCAACCCAACCGCUCGCAACACCACCUUUGCGCCCAAGCCCAACCCUCCCGUGCCCGACCCGGUGAAUGAUCCCGCCUGGCUGAUCGCCACCUCCGGCUUCUGCUCGAACCUCAACGUCGUGAUGAAGGAGCGCGACGUCGAGGCGAGCGAGACGGAGGGCGAUACCGCGGCCCACUUCAUCGCCGGCAUCGAGUUCAACUACUACCCGCAGACGGCGGUCAAAUUCACCGAUUUCCCUCACCACCUCGCGAAGACCAUCGAGGGCGACGCGGCAGAGGCGGACGCGCUGGUCUCAAGCGCGUGGGAUCACAAGAACAUCGCGCUGCUCGAGCCCACGUCCUCGUGCGGCGCUGACAAAGACCAGGCUUGGGGCAUCUCGGUCUUCAAGGUGGAGGAGCACCGCCCUUGCGCGGACGGCGAGACUGCGUGGGAGGGCCACCCCUGCGUCCACUACUCCGGCUACGUGUCGGCGGCUACGUCCAACUUUGUCAAGGAGAGCUUAGCACGGUUCGUCUGCCAGCUGUUUGUCGACUCAGAUGAGAACUGUGCCGCGGAGUUGCAAUGCCUCGCCGUACCCGUCGCGCUGCCCCACACGGGGCUGUGCUGCCAGGCGGAAGCAGUCGCCAUCACUGCACUUGCGGACCUGUCGUCGUGGACGCGUCCGCAAGUCGGAAAAAACUUGCGGCUCAAAAAAACUUACUCGCCGGAAAAACGAAUACUUUUGUCCACAAUAGGCGCCGAGCAGCUCUCAGCCAUGCAGCUGACCGCCGAGAGUGAGAAGAAGCGGAAGCAAAAGGGCGAGAGCCAGGUGGAGAGGCGGCAAUACAACAGCGUGCUCGGGGAGCUGGAGUCGUCCAAGCUGUAUGGUCAGACGCCCAAGAUGUUUGAGCUCGACCAGCUCGCAAACAUGCUGCGGAAGGGACGGCUCAACCUGUUCCCAAAGUACCAACGCGACUAUGUGUGGAAGCCGGAGCGGGCCAGCCGGCUCGUGGUGACCGUGCUGUGCAACCGCAUCGUGCCGGGCGUGGUGCUGCACGAGAAGGAGAAGGGGGUUUACGAUGUGGUCGACGGCAAGCAGCGGCUCACCUCGCUACUCUGCUUCUACAUGGCAAGCGAGGACCGUAGCUUCCUCGCGACGCUCAUGCGGCAGCCGCCCGUCUUCGAGAGGCUCUCGAAGCUCGAUGAGAAUUACGAGGACCUCAACGGCCUCUCGUACUCUCACCUCUCGCGCGAGCGUCAGUUUGCGCUGCAGUCCUUCACCGUUUCCUGCACCAUCAUCCCGCACGACACGCCGCGCCAGGAGGUGUUUGCAGCCUAUGAGGACAUCAACUCGGGGGGCGAGGACCUCAAGGCGCAGCAGCUUCGUCGCGCCGCCUACUUUGGUGCCUACAUCGAGCUGCUUGACAAGCUGGCCACGAACCUCGAUUUCCAGUAUGUGCGGGACCCGCGAGCGGCGCGCGCUGGCACGUACACCCUCGACCCAAAGGAGUCGGACCGUGAGAUGAUCCUGCGCGCCUUCGCCUUCAACCGUGGCUGGCAAGGCUACAUUCGGCCUGUGAAGACCUUCCUCAACCUCGAGCUCGAGAGCUUUGAGGAGCUCGACGAGGCGCGCAAGCCGGUGACCCUCCGUGAGCUGGAGGAGGAGUUCUGUUGGGUCCUCAAGACGGCGCGGCAAGUCUGGGGUCCGGAGGACGCGUUUGCCCGCAAGUGGGAGCCCUCCCGUUCUUGCGACGAAUGGGUCUGGUCCAACUCGGUCAGCCUUCAGCUGUGGGACGUCAUGUACUCUGUACUCGCGGAGCUGAGGCUCGAGAACUUCUCGACGCUCUCCUUCACGCAGAGUGCGGGCGGCAUCGUCAAUGCCUUCAAGCGCCUGUUUGAGCGCGACCUGCUCGAUAUGGGCGGGCAGGUGACUGUCGCCAAGUUCGCUGCGCGGCGCGACCUCGUCAAGGCGACACUGAAAUCGCAGCUGCCGCAGCCACUCUCGAGCAGCCGCAGCUUCGCCAACCCCGAGGCGCUGCGCCUCCGCUGCUUCUCGGCCCAGCUCGGCGCGUGCGCCAUCUGCGGUCAGCCGCUGGACCCUUCGCGGCUGCACGACGGCACGUACGCGCACCUCGAUCAUCGGGUGGCAUGGGCGAGGGGUGGGCGCACAACGGCGGAGAACGCGCAGCUGGUACACGCCGGCUGCAAUCUGAGCAAGGGCGCGGGGGGGGGCUCAGGCUCAGCGUGCCCGCGUGGCGAGGGUUGA